ACCUCAUUCCUCCCCCUCCGACGACUCCGAUCCGUAGAGAUGGACCGGUUCCGACCGCUCAGGCGGAUCCAGGUGGACCCCGAGCCCGCCGCCGCCGCCCCGCCCCCGCCGGCGGCGGCCGCGGCGAACGGCGGCGCGGGGGAGGACGUGUCGGCGGCCCCCGCGGCGGGGCUCCUCAUGGCGUCAAGGGUGCGGCGCCGCUCGGCGGUGUACCGCGACUGCAAGGGCGACUACAUCGGCGUCCCCAACGACCCGUGCCUCACCAAGAUCCUCUCCAAGCAAGGGGACAACAAAGUUCUGUUUGCAGAUAAGGUAUUGAAGUUCACUCAAUCAGGAAAGAUGAAAAGGCGCAUCCUUGUGAUCACAGAUUUUGCUCUCUACCUUGUUGAUCCUGAUGCUGAUAUAUUGAAGAGGAGGAUAGCGCUCGCGGCUGUCGAUAAGCUAUGUAUAAGCAAGCUCAGUGAUAACUUCUUUGCAAUCAUCGUGCCAACUGAGUAUGAUUGUUUAAUGGCCAGCACUAGAAAGAAGGAAAUAGUGGAUAUUAUAAUUAAGGCUAUUAAGAGCAAUUCUGAAUAUCAGCCUCAAGUGGCUUCUUCUAACAGGUUUGAAUACCAUGCUGCUGCUGAAGUGAUUAAAGAAGUUGAGUUUGAGGAAGCUGAAGGAGGCGUUAAAACUAGGAUCACGCACAAGGCGAAGGCGAAGUCAUGAUUGAGAAAUUAUGUAUGAUUGUUCCCUGUAAAAUGUAUAGUUCUUCGAGUUUCAAGGGAUUCUUAUCAGCGCUCUUUAUGCAAAGUUCAAACAGACAAUUCUUUGAUGUAUUGUGCCUUCUAUUUUCUCUGAUGUUUCUCUGGGAAAAAAAAGGUGACCUGUCGCUGACUAUAUACACUAUCGCUAGAUUUUUCUUUUUAUCAUAGGCUAUUGCCACAUGCUUUUGUGCUAUUGGAAUUUCGAUUUUGGCU